AUAAUUUGUAUUUUUCUAGAGAGAGAGAGAUUAAUUGGGAAAGGCGGAGAGAGAAAUGAGUAUAACUCAACAAAUAUCAUCAUCAUUCCCAUCAGCUUAUGCUUGCCGCUAUUGUGCGCCUUCUCUUGGACUCUACUUCAACCUCCGCCUCCGCCGCCCCCGCCCCCGCCGCCGCCUUCCCACUGCCCUACCUCCGACCACUUCUUCUCCACCUAAAACCACCACCACCACUAUCAUCUCCUUCUUACCUCGAUUUCUAGGCCCUCAUUUCGUCACGGGUAAUUGUCAUCUUUCCAGGAUGGAGUUUCAGGGGGUUUUAUUUCGAGUGGUAUGGUUAGUUUAUUCUAUUCUGGUAUGUUUACCUUGGGAUAUGCAAUCUUUUGAUUAUGAUAUUCGACGGCAUACAUGUCCGAGUGUAUUGGACGGAUCGGGACAGGUUUCGUCCCUAAACGGCCCUGCUUCUGAGGCUGUGGAGCUUCAUAAGAGGUUCUGGACUGGAAGUGGGAUAGGUACGAACAAAGAAAUGGUGGAGAAGCUCCACAACUAUGGAGUGGUCAGGUCAAAGAAGGUUGCAGAAGUAAUGGAGAGCAUAGAUAGGGCCUUCUUUGUGCCGGAUGAUAUUCCACCUUAUGUUGAUACUCCUGUGCCGAUAGGAUAUAAUGCCACUAUAUCUGCUCCUCACAUGCAUGCUACUUGCCUUCAGUUAUUGGAGAAACACUUGAAACCUGGAAUGCGGGCUUUGGACGUUGGCUCAGGAACGGGAUAUUUGACAGCAUGCUUUGCGUUAAUGGUUGGACCUGAAGGUCGUGCAGUUGGUGUGGAACAUAUUCCGGAGCUGGUUGCUUCCUCAAUGGAGAAUAUUAAAAAAAGUGCUGCUGCUCCUUUACUGAAAGAAGGUUCCCUCUCUGUGCAUGUUGGUGAUGGGAGGCAGGGUUGGCCCGAGUGUGCGCCGUACGAUGCCAUUCAUGUUGGAGCAGCAGCUGCUGAAAUUCCACCGGCUCUCAUCGACCAGUUAAAGCCAGGCGGGAGAAUGGUGAUUCCUGUUGGGAACAUAUUCCAGGAUUUGAAGGUUGUGGACAAAGAUAGUGAUGGCUCUGUUAACAUCCACGAUGAGACUUCUGUUCGUUACGUGCCUCUUACAAGUCGAGAAGCUCAGUUACGUGACAAUUGAUCUGCUUUGGGCAUCACUUUCAGAUGCUUUGCUUCUAUUAUCAAGAAUGUUGUAUAGAAACUUUUAGACACUGUUUGUGCUUCGAACGUCAGCCUUGUAAAUUCCUCCUCGACGUGGAUAUUUAGUACAAAUAAGGAUGUUAUAUCCUUUGCUUUCAA